AUGACAUCUCCUUCGCCUGCGGCAAGACCGGCCAUUGGAGAGCAAGUUGCCCCAACUUAUUCUUCACUCCCGGAUCAACCUACAAACAGAUCCAAAGCUUGUCAAGUAAAGACAGCGGUUCUUCUGGGCAGCAGUAGUUCCAUUGCUGAUAGUAAAGCAGUAAAUGAAACUCUUGAAGGUAUUUUUGACGAAGGUCCAGCUUUAGAGGAGUGUUUUGAAUUUGGGAAUUCUCCCAAUAGUAUUCAAUCGGUUAAGGGUAGGCUUAAAGCUCAUUUUAGUUUUUGGGCGGAUACGUUAGGUGCAAAUGAGAGAAUAACAGUUUACCUUGAUGACGGGCUUGGUUCGGCCCGUGAUUUCGCUCGCUGCGAAGCUGCUUCAUUAUUUGUUAAGACUUCGCUUCAGCUUUCUGGUUUCCUGCCUUAUGACAGUAAAUCGAUUUGGCAACCAACUUCUUGUUUAGUCUGGUUGGGUUAUUGUAUUGAUUUAGCCGUUCAUACUAUUUCCAUUCCUUCACUUAGGAUUCUCAGUGUCGUACAGAUUAUUGAUUCAAUUCGUUCUCAGUAUCCUUCUAGUACUGCUAGAAAAUUGGCUCAGUUUGUCGGUAAGGUUAUCUCUAUGGGUUUCGUCUUUGGUAACGUUACUCGUAUUAUGACAAGGUAUUCUCAUUUUGAUAUUUUAAGAAGCCCUACAAAAAAAAAGAAAAAAAAAAUUCCCUGUCGGGUUCAACUCUGA